AUGGAUUAUAAUGCAAGUAGGGAAGAUUUUCGGUCAUCUUAUGACUAUUCCUACGAAGGAGGUGUACCUACUGACGAUGAAGAGGGCGAUGAAGACUUCUCUUCCCGACCUCAUGUCAGUAGUCAUAGCAGACAGUCUGUGAUUUUUCCGGCGAAAAGACGCCGAAUGGACGACCCUAGCUCUACACAAACUCAUCAAAAUGGGCAGUCUUCCACACGGAAGCAUUCAACCCAGUUUGAGUCUUGUUUGGGUCACAGUAGAACAAUUGUUCAUGUUGACAUCGACUGUUUUUACGCGCAAGUCGAGAUGAUCCGGCGACCUGAACUGAGAGACGUACCCCUAGGAAUUCAACAGAAACAUAUCGUGGUCACUUGCAAUUAUGUCGCUAGGGAAAGAGGGGUGAAAAAACUUGUUUACAUCAGCGAUGCCAAAAAGACAUGUCCUGAUCUUGUUUUAGUUAACGGGGAAGAUUUGACUAAUUACAGGGAGUUUUCUGGAAGGGUCCACUCCUUGCUGUCAGAGAGGUUCACACCCCUGGUAGAAAGAUUAGGGAUGGAUGAGAACUUUUUGGAUGUGACUGAACUUGUGAAAUCACGCGAGUUGGCUUUGCCGUCUGGAAGGAGGGAAUAUGUCGGGGGUUUGUACGCAAGCAGGGUUGAAAAUUGCAAAGAUAAGGUUUGACCAUUAAACUGUACUAUUGCAUGCAUCGUCAGCUGUUUUGUGUGAGUCUUAAGAGCCAGUUCUGGAAAAAAAUGAGCAGCAAAGUUGUGAGUUGUUUGAAGAUCUGCUCUUAAAACGGGACAUUACAAAGCGAUAACUGCAAAACUCCAUAAAACGUAUUGUAACUGAUAAUUCUCGAUACGAAUUAAUCAAUCAAUAUCAAAAAUUGAUAAAAAUCUUUGGCUAAGGUUUUUGUGAUUAUCAAUUUCACCGUUAGAAUGAAACCGUUACUUAAUUCUGAUUUGAUUUGAUGUAAUUUGCUCUCUCAGCCCAGUGAAUCAAUAUUAUCAAUUUUAUCAAUCUUGUGAUUAUUGAUAUUUAUUAAUUAUUUUAGCUAAUUGAUCAACAAUUAUCAAAUGAUAUCAACUAAUUGACAAGUUUGUAAUGAUUUUUUUUAUCAACCUUUACUAUAAGAAAUCAUUUAUUUUGAUCAAUUGAUUGUCUAUUAAUUAUGGAUUUAUUAUCUGUCCUAGGACAUUACUGCAUGUCCUUGUGGUUGCCAUGAGAGACUAAGAAUUGGAUCACUGAUUGCAGCAGAGAUCAGGCAAGUAAUUCUGCAAGAAGUUGGUCUGACUUGUUGUGCAGGAAUUGCUCACAACAAACUCCUGGCCAAACUUGUAGGUGCAUGGAAAAAACCCAACAAACAGACAACAUUACUUCCAGAGGAUGCAGGGAGCUUGUUGUCAGGACUGAAAGCAAAGGAUAUCCCAGGUAUUAUAGAAGAAAAAGGAAUCAGAUCGCAGAAGACAUGAAAAUGUGACAAAAAAAUCAGUGACACACUGGGCUGCACCCUGUUUGCCACUUUUUUGUUCUUACCACAUUUUGAUGAAAACUGUGAUUUCAUAAUGAAGAGAUGAACAGCAAUCUGGAAUCUUUUUGUUAACCCUUGGACCCUUAAGAGUGACUAGAAUCCUAUUUCUCCUCACAAUAUCACCCCUGAAUCAAACAUAAAGGUCAGGAGAAUAAAGGAAAUGAUCACCAACUAAAGAGGCUUUAGAUUGCUAAACAAAUUCUCCUAAUCAACACCUAAAGAAAUGUAUAGAGAACAUUAUGGAGAACAUGAGAACUGAUCUUAGGGUGCAAAGUGUGAAAGAGAUAGCAAAUAAAGUGCAUAACAUAACAGGGUGCAGUUGUAAACAAAAUGGAAUGAAAAUCCAAGCUUUUCUUUUUGCCAAGUGUUGAACAACUCAUAAAUUUAUACUCAAACAAUGAGAUUAUUUGGUCUCGAUUUCUCGGAACAAUAGAGUCCAUGCUUUGCCCUCAUCAACUAUCACAUGCUAGAAAUUUUAAGUUUAAUAUCUGAUUGUUAAAUGGAGCAGGCCAUCCUUGAGAGGUGGAAAAACUUUGGUAGGCUGAAAUGAAGUUAUGGUGGAGAACGCAACUUUCUCACCUGUCCCUGUGAGUUUGGGUUUACUUUCAAUCAACCCUUCACACCCUAAAAUCAACUUGCACAUUCUCCACACUGUUCUCUUUACAUUUCCUAAGGUUCUGAUAAGGAGAAUUUGUUUGACAAUCAAGAGCUUCUUUAGAUGUUGAUCAUUUCCUAUAUUCUCGUGACCUAAAUGUGAGAUUUAGAGGUGAUUUUGUCAGGAGAAAUUAGAUGCUGGUCACAGACAAGAGCUAAUUUGUUCAGUGUGGCCAGAGCUAACGAGAAAAAAAAAGCUAUGUUUCCUCUAGUUUAACAUUUUUUAUUGCUGUAUGAUUAAUUACCAAUUUUUUCUAUAAUUUUCCUUACUGUUGACUCUAUAUCAUUGUGUUUCAAGAAAAGAGCCAAUCAGGGAUAAAAAAACCAAACCAGAACAAGAACAAGAGCUUUGAAAGAAUUAGUAAUACACUGUGAAAUCUGCCACUCCAAUCCACUGAUCUCUCUAAAAUAGCAGAUAACAGCAGUAAAAUUUACUGCCUGUAGUACCUCUUACUAAAAUCUCUUGGAAUUCUUGAAAAUUCAGCAGGUAAAAGGAUUGCUCAACUACCAGUUUUAAAAUUUAUUUUACUUGUUGUGCUGUGUAAUCUCAACUUAUACAGAAAAGAAUGCCAUUUGCGAAUUUCUGUUUCAGUUAUUUAAACCUGAUUUCACUUUGUUUUGUUUUAUGUAGGUAUUGGACACAGCACAGCCAAAAAACUUCAAACAAUCAACAUUUCAUCUGUUACUGACCUACUUUCAUGUCCCAGUCAAGUCUUAGAAAAGGAAUUUGGCCAUUCACUGGCAGAUCUGAUGAUCAAACUCUGCAAUGGGAUUGAUGAGAGCAAAGUUACUCCCUCUCGAGAAUUUAAAACAAUAACAGAUGAGGACUCUUUUAAAUGUUGUUCAACACUUGAGGAUGCAACAAAGCGGCUCAGGGGUCUUGUCAAAGGGAUAUUUCCAAGAAUUUCUUCCAGUACUACAUUACCUCAAACUGUGAGAGUCUCCAUUCGAAGAAGAGGUGAAAAGUCACACAAAAGAGAGAGUCGUCAGAGUGCUUUACCGCAAGCAAUUUGUUUUGCUGACGAGGAAAAAGCAGGAGAUCUUCUCUUUGAAGUUUGUGUCUCAUUGUUUAAGAAAGUUGUGGAUGUCAAUAAACCAUUUCACCUGAGUCUUCUGGGAAUUUCAUUAACAAACUUUUACAAACCAUCUAGUGGUCAAGCCAAAGAAAUCUCAAACUUUUUUCAAAAGUCUUGCAGCAAACAUGCAAAUCUGACAUCUGUGACAUCAUGUAGUAGUUUGGAAUCAAAGGGCAAUUAUCUCUUUGAAAGAGAAGACUGGGCAGCUUUGCCCAAGAGCUGUGAAGAUAAAUUAUCUGAUCAAAGAACAAGUAAUGUUGGCACAACCAACACUAAGGACUGGAAACCAGUGGGGAGCUCUAAAUUAACUACACAGUAUACCCAGCCAAAGGGAAUAAGCAUUGAUGGGGCUACCAAGGAUGUGAGUCAACCAGCUAUCAUUUGCCCCAGUGGCAUAGACCCUGCAGUUUUUGCUGAGUUGCCUUUAGAGCUGCAGAGGGAGUUGCAGGCACAAUGGCCACAGUCAGCCCAGGAGACAGCGAAUACCAAGAGGGUUACUGUAAAGGAGAAAAAAAGGGCUGGAAUUCAAAGAUACUUUACUAGAGAAGGUGUAAACAAUGAUUCUGGAACACCUAAAUAAAAGAGGCUUUCCAAUUACACAGAGCUGUAAUAGAAUCCUGUUAAUUCAAGCACAGUUUACUUGAACUCUCCUUUUACUACAAUAAAAUGCUAUUUCCCUCGGAUUUGACCCCAUUUUUAUAGUUAUUUACCAUUAACAACUCAAACUCCCCUUUAACUCAAACAGGUUAUUUCCUUUGUCUUGGCUUAAAUUUUUCCUGAUAACUUAAAAUUUACCCCUUUAACCCCUAAGAAUGACUAGCAUCUAAUUGCUGUACACAUUAUCGCUACUGACUCAAACAUUAAGGCUAUGAGAAUAUAGGAAAUGUUCACCCAUACAAGAAGCUCUUGAUAAUACAAAUUCUCCUUGUCUGUGUCAUAAGAAAUGUAUAGAGAACAGUAUGGAGAAUAUGCCCAUUGAUGUUAGAAUAUAAACAGUUAAUUAAAAAUUGCAGUCAUUAAAUGUCAAAGUGUUAGAAUGUAACUGAUUGACAUGUACCAAUCUUGAAAUUCAACACUAAUCCCAACAACUCAGAUUCCUGCCAAAUGGAGCUUGUUUUUCAGGAUUUGAGUCAGCAGGGUUCUACUGUGUCUUGUUUCUGAAGAAACACAAUCUACCUAAACCAAUAGAAUUAUAUGGCAGAGAGCAGGGAAAAUUACUUAUUAAAUCUUAGGAGUGAAAGCAUUUAGUCUCCCUACUAAUUUCAACACAUUAAGAGUAUUAGGGCAAAGCAUUUAAGAGUUGAAUCAAAUAUCUGUCAGUUGAUAGUUUUCUUUAUUCUUGUCAACUUUUUGCUUUCCAUUGUGCUAUUGGAAGG